CCAGGUUGGGACUUCAAAGGGGAGAAGUGGGAGGGGUGAUAAGGAGUGGAGCCUCUCAGGCUGCCAGGCAAGGCCAUGCCUGGGAGGAAAAAUCAAAUCGGGGUGGGAAGAGCCGGGCAGAUUUUGUGGGAAAACAGAGCCUUCCCUUGGGGAGGUUUUCCAGCACAGAGCCUCCCCUGGUGUCCUCUGGAUGAGGGCAGGGUGAUUUGAUGCCUUUUUGGGUGAAAUUGGGCAAGGAAUGGCAAAGAUUCAUCCUGAGCCAAGGGGAGGUGUGGGCAGGUGGAGGCUUCAGACCUUACAGAAAACCUAAAGGAGCCCAAAUAAUUUCAGCUUCCUGUUUUGAGAGGAAGCUGGUUGAAAAAUAGCUACAAAUUUGUCUGAAACGCUUUCAUGUGGAGUCACUUCCUGGCCACGGCUGUUUUCCCAGUUCUGGAUUCUGUGGGGAAAAGGAUGAUUUAAUUUGGUGUAUAGAACAGCCUGGAAUGUUGUUUUUUGUUUGGUUUUUUUUUUUUUCUUUUUCACACCUUUUAAAAUUUUAUCCCUUUCAUGCUUCCAGCCUCCCCACCUCCCCCCCCCAAAAAAUGCGUCACCCGACCGGCUGCCCGCUGAGCCAGAUCUGCAUCCCCCCUCCCGCCAUGCUGGCGAGGAGCUUCCCGGUGAGACCCAGCCUGGAUCCCUGCGGCACCUCCAGCAGCUUCCAGGGCCUUUCCCAACGCGGGACCCCCUGCUGCUACCCCGGCACCACCACCUACGUCAACCUAGGCAACCUGGGAGCGGCCCAGGCCGCCUGUGGGCUUGUGGCCACCACGUGCGUCCCCCCGCACUGCCAGGGGGUGACUGGGUGCGCCACGACGUGUAGGAAGCCCUGCUGCUGCUGCUGCCGUGUCACCGAGUGCAGCACCACGAGCCGGGAUUGCUGCCAGGAUGUCACCAAGUGCUUCACAACCACAUGUCAGGAUCCGUGCUGCCAGGAGGUCACCAAGUGCACCACAACGUGCCAGGAUCCGUGUUGUAAGGAGGUCACCAAGUGCACCACAACGUGCCAGGAUCCGUGUUGUAAGGAGGUCACCAAGUGCACCACAACGUGCCAGGAUCCGUGUUGUAAGGAGGUCACCAAGUGCACCACAACGUGCCAGGAUCCGUGUUGUAAGGAGGUCACCAAGUGCACCACAACGUGCCAGGAUCCGUGUUGUCAAGAGGUCACCAAGUGCACCACAACGUGCCAGGAUCCGUGUUGUCAAGAGGUCACCAAGUGCACCACAACGUGCCAGGAUCCCUGCUGCAAGGAGGUCACCACAUGUGUCACAACGUGCCAGGAUCCAUGUUGUAAGGAAGUGACCAAGUGUGUCACCACAUGUCAGGAUCCAUGUUGCCAGGAGGUCACCAAGUGUGUCACCACAUGCCAGGACCCCUGCUGCAAGGAAGUCAGCAAGUGCAGAACAAGGUGUGUGGAUCCCUGCUGUCAGGAUGUCACCAAAUGUGUCACCAGGUGCGUGGAUCCCUGCUGCCAGGAGUUCACCAAGUGUGUCACGACAUGCCAAGAUCCCUGCUGCAAGGAGGUCACCAGGUGUGUCACCAGGUGUGUGGAUCCAUGUUGCAAGGAGGUCACCAAGUGCAGAACUAGAUGUGUUGAUCCGUGUUGUCAGGAUGUCACCAAGUGUGUCACCACGUGUCAAGAUCCGUGCUGCCAGGAGGUCACCAAAUGUGUCACCAGGUGUGUGGAUCCCUGCUGCCAGGGGGUCACCAAGUGUGUCACCACGUGCCAAGAUCCCUGCUGCAAGGAGGUCACCAAGUGCACCACCAGAUGUGUUGAUCCAUGCUGUCAGGAUGUCACCAAGUGUGUCACCACGUGUCAGGAUCCUUGUUGUCAAGAGGUCACCAAGUGCACCACCAGGUGUGUUGAUCCAUGCUGUCAGGAUGUCACCAAGUGUGUCACCAGAUGUGUUGAUCCGUGCUGUCAGGAUGUCACCAAGUGUGUCACCACGUGUCAAGAUCCCUGCUGCCAGGAGGUCACCAAAUGUGUCACCAGGUGUGUGGAUCCCUGCUGCCAGGGGGUCACCAAGUGUGUCACCACGUGUCAAGAUCCGUGCUGCCAGGAGGUCACCAAAUGUGUCACCAGGUGUGUGGAUCCCUGCUGCCAGGGGGUCACCAAGUGUGUCACCACGUGCCAAGAUCCCUGCUGCAAGGAGGUCACCAGGUGUGUCACCAGGUGUGUUGAUCCAUGCUGUCAGGAGGUCACCAAGUGUGUCACCACGUGUCAGGAUCCCUGCUGUGCCACCAGAUGUGCCACCAGAUGUGUUGAUCCCUGCUGUGGCAGCGUGACCAAGUGCACCACCAGAUGUGUUGAUCCAUGCUGUCAGGAGGUCACCAAGUGUGUCACCACGUGCCAAGAUCCCUGCUGUGCCACCAGAUGUGCCACCAGAUGUGUUGAUCCCUGCUGCCAGGACGUCACUAAAUGCGUCACCACGUGCCAAGAUCCCUGCUGCCAGGACGUCACCAAAUGUGUCACCAGAUGCGUGGAUCCAUGCUGCCAGGAGGUCACCAAGUGCGUCACCACGUGCCAAGACCCCUGCUGUGUGACCAGAUGUGCCACCAGAUGUGUUGAUCCCUGCUGCCAGGGGGUGACCACAUGUGCCACCAGAUGUGUUGAUCCCUGCUGUCAGGGAGUGUCCACGUGCCAGGAUCCUUGCUGCCAGGACGUCACCAAAUGUGUCACCACGUGCCAGGACCCCUGCUGCCAGGGAGUGCCCGCCACGUGCCCAGCCCCGCGCUGUGUCCCCAGCUGCGCCCCUCCCUGCCGUGCCACCCCGCAGUGCCGCGGCGGUGUCCAGGUUGUCACCAGGUGCGCCGACUCCUGCGCCACCACCUGCGUCACCCAGACCUGCCCAGUGGAUUUUGGGAUCCUGGAAAAUCUUUGGCUCUUCAGCACGAGACGAAACUGGACCCUCAGAGCUGGCAGUGCUGCCCUCGUGGAAUUCCCUCAUGGAAUUCCCUCCAAAAUGUCCAACCCGCUCCGGGAGGAGUCACCAGAGCCACCAAAGGACAUCGCUGUGGAGUCCUGA